GUCCUGUGACACCGGCACUGUGAAGCUUCUGUUAUUGUGUUAAUGAGGUACGUGGGUGUAGAAUCUACAGGAAUGAGGGAGAGGCUCAAUCUGUUGCAUUUAAUUGUAUCUAUGUUUAUAGUAUCUAUAUGGCUGCAUGCAAGAUAUUGUGUCUUUAGCCCCUUAGCUAACUCUAACUCCAUCCGGUACCUUAUAUAUCUGACUUUAAUUUCAACUGUCUAAGAUGCUAGCUAUAGCCAACCUGCUGUUGGUGGUGGGUGUACUGACAACAAUGGUGGCUGGACAGGCUCCAGGAGAUGAACAAGAACUAUGUAUAGUAUCUCUACCUGCCCUUGACCAGAACAUUGUGGAGGACCCUCCUAAUGGGAGGAUUCUAAUGGACUCCAGUCACUAUGGGCGAUUGCUCCCACCAAAUUCUAAUCCAGUGUGGCAGGCAGUGGACCUUGAUAACAACAACCCCACUGGGCUGCAAUCAUCAUGGGUAGAACAAGGAUCUAUCUGUGAGUCUAGCGUCAGUGUUUGUGGUUGGUCAGCUGGGGCCCAGAACAACUGGCUCUUCACACAGCACAUCAACAGAACAGUGAAUGGAUAUCUCCUACAGCAAGUCUCUGUACAGAUUGAAUACCAGCAGAACAUAUGCCCUGAUGACGGCAGCACAAGAUGUAGGAGAACAUUUGACCUACUGAAAUAUGAGACCUCUACAGUGAACCCUGUGGCUGCUAUAGACACUGAUAACUAUGCACUUAUACGUACCUUGACGACUCAGGUCUCUGGAACUACCACAACAACUACUGAACAGUUUGGAUUCACUACCAAUGAGUCUGGUUUCUACCUCGCUAUUAGAGAUCCUGGCACUUGUAUUAUCAUAUCUCGACUGAUUGUCUUCUACCAUGCCUGUCCUGGUGAAACAGUCAACUUGGUGGUGCGUCCUGAGACAAUAGCUCCAAUCGUUGGGUCUAACAUACAACUCAACGUUAAUGCUUCCUGCUUCGCUAACUCCAGCCCUGAAGGUGAUGCUUUCUCACUCAAGUGUUUAGAUACUGGUAACUGGGUUGCUGUACCCUCCAGUAGGUGUGUCUGCAAAACUGGAUUUAUUCCUACCAUAAACGGAGAAAACUGUUUUUGUAAGUAUGAUCACAUAAUUGUAUAUAGCGGCAACAGCGAUAGCACAGCCUCGGGCCUGACAGAGUGUCCCUGUGAUGAUGGUUACUACAGAAUACCACAAGAGGUGGACCUUCCCUGCACCUUUCCCCCGUCCCCUCCACUCAAUGUGAGGGUGGUGGAUAUGUCCAGUACCACACUAACACUAGCCUGGGAGGAGCCAGUGUCCACUGGUGGUAGGGGGAGAGAUGAGCUACGAUACAACCUCUGGAUCAGGGCGGCUGGGGAGACAAGCAUCACACUAUCUAACACUGUCACCACCACCAUGGGACUGAUUGAGGGACUAACUCCAGAUACUGUGUACACAGUGUUUGUAACAUCAGAGACGAAUAUAACAGAUCAGAUCCCCGUGGAGGAAGUGUUCAUUCUGGCCAGAGGAGAUGCACUUGCAAUUGUUCUACAACCUACCAGUGAACCUACCAGUGAAAUUAUUCAAACUACCAGUGAGAUUCAAACUACCAGUGGGACUGUUCAGACUGAAACUACUACGAGUGUCCCAACAAAUUCUGAACUGAUAGUGGGAGUGACUGUGUCUGUUGUGGCGGUAGUGAUUGCUGCAAUAGCUGUCAUAAUUGUUGUAAUCUGCAUUGCUUGUGUGUACCACAAGAAACGAGUGAGCAAACUAGAGAUUGAGCUCAAGGAAUUGCAGAUGGUGCAGCCAAAUGAUCCGUAUGGACAAGCCACUCAAUUGCAACCGAAUGGAGGAGCUAGCUACUCAACCAAAUUCUACCUGCCCUUAUUAAACCGGAACAUUGUGGAGGACCCUCCAAAUGGGAGGAUUCUAAUGGACUCCAGUCACUAUAACAAGUUGCUCCUACCAAACACUAAUCCAGUGUGGCAGGCAGUGGACCUUGAUGGUAACAACCCUACUGGGCUGCAAUCAUCAUGGGUAGAACAUGGGGUUAACUGUGAGUCUGCUGUCACUGUUUGCGGCUGGUCAGGUGGGGCCCAGAACAACUGGUUCUUCACACAGCACAUCAACAGAACGGUGGGUGGAUAUCCCCUACAGCAAGUCUCUGUACAGAUCGAAUACCAGCAGAGCACUUGCCCUGAUGAAGGUAGCACAAGAUGCAGGAGAAAUUUUGACCUACUGAAAUAUGAGACUUCUACAGUGAACCCAGUGGCUGCUAUAGACACUGAUAAUUAUGCACUUAUAAGAACCUUGACAACUCAGGUAUCUGGAACUACCACAAAAACUACUGAACAGUUUGGAUUCAAUACCAAUGAGUCUGGGUUCUACCUCGCUAUUAGAGAUCUUGGCACUUGUAUACUCAUCUCUCGACUGAUUGUCUUCUAUAACGCUUGUCCUGGUGAAACAGUCAACUUGGUAAUGCGUCCUGAGACAAUAGCUCCAAUCGUUGGAUCUAACAUACAGCUCAACGUUAAUGCCUCCUGCUUCGCUAACUCCAGCCUUGAAGGUGAUGCUUUCUUACUCAAGUGUUUGGAGAGUGGUAACUGGGUUGCUGUACCCUCCACUAGGUGUGUCUGCAAUACUGGAUUUGUUCCUACCAUGGACGGAGAAAACUGUUUGUCCUGUGACCUUGGGUUUUAUGCCAGUGCAGCUAAUGGGGAGUGUCUAACAUGCCCUAGCAACAGCGAUAGCACAGCCUCAGGCCUGACAGAGUGUCCCUGUGAUGAUGGCUACUACAGAACACCACAAGAGGUGGACUUUCCCUGCACCUUUCCCCCGUCCCCUCCACUCAAUGUGAGGGUGGUGGAUAUGUCCAGUACCACACUAACACUAGCCUGGGAGGAGCCAGUGUCCACUGGUGGUAGGGGGAGAGAUGAGCUACGAUACAACCUCUGGUUCAGGGUUGCUGGGGAGACAAGCGUCACAUUAUCUGGUACUGCCACAACCACCAUGGGACUGAUUGGAGGACUAUCCCCAGACAUUGUGUACACAGUGUUUGUAACAUCGGAGACGGACAUAACAGAUCAGAUCCCCGUGGAGGAAGUGUUCAUUCUGGCCAGAGGAGAUACACUUGUUCAAACGAUUAUUGUGACUGCACCAAGAUCUACAACUGUCCCAGCAAACUCUGAGCUAGAAGUGAGAUUAGCUGUGUCUGUAGUGGCGGUAGUGAUUGCUGCAAUAGCUGUCAUAAUUGUUGUCAUCUGCAUUGCUUGUGUGUACUACAACAAGCGAGUGAGGAAACUAGAGAUUGAGCUAAGGGAUAUGCAGAUGGUGCAUGGAGGAGCCACUCAACCUAAUCCCUCGUAUAAUCCCUCGUACGGACAAGUCACUCAGCUGAAUGAUGGCAUUGUGGGAACUGCAUGACCUCAGUUUGGAUGGACAAUCUGAAACUGUAAAAGACUACGAAGUUGUUAUUUUACAUAAUAUAAAUUAUAUGCAGCUCUUAUUAUGAUAAUAUUAUUUUUAUGAUCAUAGAUCAACAUCACUUUAUAGGAUAACAUUAAUUUGUUGUAAUUAUGCUACAAGUACACAUCAAUAUGCUGCUCUUAUUGUUAUGACAGUCAUUAUAUAUUUCAUAUUGAUGACUACUUUAUA